GUUGACCUUUAUAAAAAAAAGCUGUAUAAAAUAGUGUCUAACUUUUUUUACAUAUCUGUAUUAUCAUUUCAAAUCAAACAGACUCAUUAAAAAAGAAAUUCCAUGGCUUACUCUAAAAUUCUUCAUUUCUCCAUCCUUGUUAUUAGCCUCCUCUUUUCUGCAACUAUCAUGGCACAAGACUCUCCAUUAUAUUUGAAUACAAUUUGUCCCAACAACGUUACCAAACCCAGCAGCACCUUCCAAAGCAAUCUCUUAAACCUCUUCUCUUCAUUGUCAUCAAAAGCCAAAGGAAACACCAAAUUCUACAACCAUACAGUCACUAGUAUAAAUCCUUCUGAGUCCGUCUAUGGAUCGUUCAUGUGUAGAGGUGACAUACCGUCUCUGCUAUGUCAGGACUGCAUAGUUAAAGCAACCAAUCAGCUAUCCUCAGCGUGCUCUUUGUCCAAACAAGCUGUGAUUUGGUACGGCGAGUGCAUGGUUCGAUACUCUAACAUAUCUUUCUUUUCCACGAUCGAUAUGAUGCCAGGUUUUCACUGGUGCAAUACCGCCAAUGUCACAAACACGAAGAGCUUUGUGUCUUUAUUGUUUACAACCAUGAAUCGAACUGUAGAUGAAGCAGCAAGUCCACUUAUUGGUGACAAAAACGAGAAGUUUGCAACCAAAGAAGCACAAGAUUCGGAAAAUCAGACCCUUUACUGUCUAGCUCAGUGCACGCCGGAUUUGUCGCCUAAUGAUUGCAGAACCUGUCUCAGUAGUGCUAUUGAGAAAGUUUCAAAGAGUUGUGAUGGAAAGGUGGGAGGGAGAUUUCUUUAUCCUAGCUGUAAUGUAAGGUAUGAAUUAUAUCCAUUUUAUAGGUCUAUUACUGUUCUUUCACCAAAUGAGCUAGCUCCUCGAACAAAUGAUUCCAAACAAGAUUCUAAACUUUCAGAAGAAUCAUUUUAUCUUUCCUAUAAUUGCUCAAGAAACCACAACACAAUCACUGACAAAAACAUCAAAUUACUUCUGUCUUAUUUGUUGUCGAACGCCACCAUCGGCAAAAAAUUUCAUAGCCUUAAAGUGGAAGAAAUUGUGUAUGGUCUCUUCAUGUGUCGAGGUGAUCUUCCUUCUAGACUCUGUGUUCAAUGCGUCAAAAACGCAACGGAAGAACUAUACUCAAAGUGUCAAUACUCCCCACAGGGUAUAAUUUGGUACAGCCAUUGCUUACUUCGCUAUUCAAAUCAGUAUUUCUUCAAUCACUUUGAAACAAGACCUAUGUUUAGCGAUAUAAAUGUUACCAAUGAUCCCAUCCCGGACCAAAACUUGUUCACAAAUGCAUUAUCAAAUCAAUUAUCCGAACUUGUCAAUGUUACGGGGAACAAUGAUGAAAAAUUUACGACAAAUUCAUUGAUAUUGAAUGAUAAACAAACCUUGUAUACUGUUGAACAAUGUACAAAAGAUUUGUCAACUGACGAAUGCAAUUCAUGUCUAAAUGAUAUGAUCAGUAAAGAAAUUCCAUGGUCAUUUUUGGGAAGUGUUGGAGGAAGAAUCUUAUAUCCUAGCUGCAAUCUGAGGUUUGAAUUGUUCAAAUUUUACAUGGACGGCGACGAAGCUCUACUCCCUACAAGACAUGCAGCAAGCUUAGUGCGCGUGAUCAAGAGCGUGAUUGCGUCGAAGUCAAAUAGUCAAGGUGGGAAAGGCACGAUUUCAAGCUCAAAGGUGGUUCCUUUGUGGGAACGUCGGACAAGCAGCCAAAGAUGGAGCAAGUGCUGAUCAUGGGAUUAGUCUUUUGCCCGUUAUUUUCUUUAUGUAUAAAUAAGAGUUUCCUAGUCUGAAAAUAGGUCGCAAACAAUUUAUAAAAAUUCUACAACACUUAAACUAUCGGUGUCUAGAGACACGAGUUAUACAUAAUGUAAGUAAAUUGAUUUGUAGACCAUUUUACUUUUAAUGCAAUGAAUUCUACAUUUCCUUUAAGUUUAUGUGUUUAAACUUUUACCCUUACCUUUAAUUUUAUCUUGCUUUUACUUGCAAUCUCAAACUUGUCGAGAGACAGUGCCUUUUUACUCUAAAACUCAUCUUGCUCUCUAAGUAACCUAAGUGCAUUUCGUGGCCCUUUUUUCAAACUGUUUUCGAUCAAAACCUUUGCACAACAUGUCCUGAGAUUUUUAGUUCGGUCUCGCUUGUAAUAUUAGAACUAGCCUGUAGUUUUCCGAAAACACUAGUAAACAAGUACCUCUGCUGUUUUGUCUGUGAUCAGCCUCAUAAAUGGGGCAAUUUUUUGCAUUGGGCUGAAUGGCACUACAACUCGUCUAUUCCCACUUCUACCGGGGUAUCACCUUAUCAAGUGUUAUAUGGUAAACAAUCUCCAUCUUUACCCCCAAUACAUUGUUGGCACUUCCUUAGUAGAGGCAGUUGAUGUUGAGCUCAACUCUAGGGAACACAUACUUCAAGUCUUGCGAAAUAAAUUGCCGAAAGCACAGGACAACAUGAAACAGUACGCAGACCGUCACAGGAUACCACAUACAUUCCAAGUUGGUGAUUGGGUCUUUUUCAAAAUACGACCUUAUUGGAAAACUUCAGUUGUAGGGCAUCGCAUGAAUAAGCUUUCAAAGCAUUACUACGGACCAUGCCACAACGCCUCACAUACUCAAUUGGACCUGCCGGAGGAAACAUUAAACAAUCAGCCAAUCAUCCAACCCCUUUCUAUUCUUGAUUGGAAGGACUCCACCGAAGACGUUGAUACUAGUCCAAUGGAGUGACCUAUAUCCGAAAGGUGCAACAUAGAGAAUCUGUCUGAGGUUUUAGCAGCUUUGUCCUCACCUCCACGUUGAGGACAAGGUGUUUUUCCAAGAAGGGAAGGAUGUUAUGGGCCAUGACACUGAUGAUGAAUGGAUAGCUUAUGAGGACAACAUGGUCCAACCUUCUCAACUAAGACCCAAGAGAAACAAGACUCACCCCAAGUACUUGAAGGAUUAUGACGUGUCCAUUAAGGGUCAUAGGACCACUUGAAUUACUGCCUAGUCACCUAAACACUAGAAUGUUCCUUUUGCUCUACCACUGUGCAAUUCUCUUAGUCAUAAGGUUGAUAGCUACCUACAGUUGUCCCUUAGUACUAGGAUUGAGUUCUUAUCCUAUAUGUAUUGGAAUGUUUUAUGAAAUAAAGGCAGAGAAAUAAUUGUUGAAUCAUUGAGUCUACUCCACUCACGGAGCCUAUUUUUAUUCCUUGCAUUUCUUUACCUUACACUAUUUAACGUACACGAAGCUUUACUUGUAAACCAAAUAAUAAUAAUGAAG